AUGGGCAAAUCUCCCAACGUCUACGCCUUCCCCGGCGUUGCCGAACUGGCUCCCACUCUGCGCCAGUACGUCCUCACACAACAACAAGCUUCCAUUGAGCGCCACGGUUCUUUCAGAGUCGCCGUCUCAGGAGGCUCCUUGCCCAAGACUCUCGCCCAGGCACUCUUGUCAAAGGGCGACGGCACACCCGCCGACACAGUCGACUUCAACAAGUGGGAAAUCUUCUUUGCCGACGAGCGCUGCGUCCCGCUAGACCACGACGACAGCAACUACAAACUCCUCAAGGACGAGCUGCUGGACAAGAUUGACAAAGAAUCUUUCGGCGAGCCCAAGGUCUACCCCAUUGAGGAAAAGUACCUCCACGAUGCUCAAGAGUGCGCGGAUCAGUAUGAGAAGGUUCUCGUCUCUGUCUUUGCCGCUCGCGACUCUGUCAAGCUCCCUGCCUUCGACUUGCUUCUUCUCGGCUGUGGACCCGACGGUCACACUUGCUCGCUGUUCCCCGAGCACCCUCUGCUGCGCGAGACCGAUGCCUGGGUCCUGAGCAUCUCCGACUCGCCCAAGCCCCCACCAAAGCGCAUUACGCUGAGUUUGCCUGUUGUGCUCCACGGCGCAAAGAUUGCCUUUGUGGCUACCGGUGCUGGCAAGAAGGAUAUCUUCAAGAGCAUCUUUGAGACUGAGGAGGGUCGCGCUUUGCCUUGUGGUCUGGUCAACGAGGGUGCUGGUGAUAAGGUCAGCUGGUUCACCGACAAUGCCGCUCUUGAGGGCGUCAAUGUCCCCCGCAGAGGUAACUUGUAA